AUGGCCGCCUCUCCAACCUCCCGGGCGGCCACGCCUGACCUCGAGCCCCAAAGCUCCCCUCCAGCACACCUCGGCCGCUACGAGAGGUCAUUCAUGACCAACGUCACCGAGGACGAAGACCGCUCCAAGAUGGGCACCCCCGAGCCUGGCACCCGCCGUCGGGGUAGGAACAACGCCAACAGCCAGCCUUCCAUCGGCAAGGUCAGGCAUCUUAAAAAGGACGACGGCGAGCCACUUUGGCGAGUCGACAUCCAGCAUGACUUCCUCAAGGCUGUCUUCGAUAACGAAAAGGCAGUCUUCACGAACAGCUGGGAGCCGAACAAGCCCAAGCAGUGCUUCGCCGAUCUCUACAUCGACACCAUGUCAAGAAGCUCAAAGACCAGCAAGGUCCUGCGCGACAAACUGCUAAGUGAUCGGGAGGCCGCGAAGGGCAUGGCCAUGGUCUGUCUUCUUGUCAACAUCGGCCGCAUGAAUACUACUUUAAACUUCUUCCCAGAGAUGCGGGCUCAGCUACGGACGUACCAUGCCAUUCCAUCCCUUCAAGCACGACAAGACCCGAACUCGUACAAGCAGCUGCAGGAUGCUCCUCGGCUCAAGUCGAUACUGAAAGGUGGUUCAGAGGAUCGCGUGGAGCCAUCUGCUUUGGAUGCAAUCAAGACAAUGAGUGUCCCCAGAACCAACCCCGUCAAUCUGUUGUUUGUAAUCUGUGCUUCGGCAGCCAAGAUUGCUGAGCUGCACUUCCCUCCUGGUGGCGAGUUCCAUGAUCUCAUCAUGAAGACGGAUACCAGCAGCGGCUCGAGGGCUCGUGCUUUCUUGUGGAUCAUGUGGUUCUACCUUGAGUCGGAUUUCACCGAGGAGGGUUGUAUGGAAACCCCUUCGAUGGAGUACGAAAACGUCGAUACGCAAGAGGAGCUAGAUUUCGGGCUCCAGAAGCAGGCCAUGAGGAAGAAGAUCAUCGAGGCAGACCAACAGUAUGCAAUCGAGUCCAAUACCAAGCGGGGAGCUGCUAGGGCACGGAUGUUCCCGGCUGGUGACGAAGGUUCAACAAUGGGCAUUCUGCCUCGAAUCAGACCCUCGAAGCACGAGUCCGACAUGGAUAGCGUCCGCUCGACCCCUCCGCCACGGGGCCCUGGCCGCCACAAGGAUGGCAUCGGUGGCUCCAGUCGUCGGGGUGGCGCGCCUCUCAAGUAUCAGAUAUUUGAAGGGUCCUCCCCCGGCGGACCGCAGAUGAUCGAGGGGAUAGUGCCACGAAAACCCAGACCACCGACGGCACACCAGAUAGCUGUCGAGCGCAACCGGUCCCAGCGCGUUGAGCACAUUCUAGAUCGCGGCAUCAGGAAGCGACAUAAGAAGUCACGUCGUCUCCGCAAGACGGACGGCGCCGUCAUUCGAGCUGCAAAGCGCGUGCGGCAGAUGGAAGACCCGUUCGAGGAUAGCGAGGGGGACGAGAACGUCAGCGCGAUGAAGCAUCAUCUGUUGGUUGGCCCCUCGGCCUUUGCUCCCGGCGUCGAUCCUGUCACUGCAAGGAAGACUAGUUUCCGGGAACGGGGCCUCGGCGGUCUGGUGUCUCUUGUCAGCGAGCAAGAUGACUUUGGCGAGGAGAUGGUAGCCUACUCGGCAGCAUUGCGCCGAGCCACCCGCCGUCUUGACAGAUGGGAGCGCCAAAACGGUCCCGAUGUAGGGCCAAUCGCUCCGAUCAAGAAGGCCAGGCCCGAAACCGCAAACGAUGGUAGGGAUCCCGACGAGACGGAAGAGGAGCUCGACGCCACAGGCUUUAGCCUGGAUGGGAGCUUGCUGGCGGCACCUAGGGGCUUGUCCCGGAGCAAGUCCAAUGGCGUACCAGCCAGCUCUAAUGGCGACGUGGCCAUGGAGGACGCCGAGGACCUUAACGAGGAAGACAAGGAGCUCCUGGGCAUAGCGAGUGACCGUGAGGAUGGAGAUGGCGAGGGGGACGCCGAAGACGAAGAGCUGGACGACAUAGAGCUUACUAUGCUCGGUCGGAAGGACGUGAGUGACUCGGAAUAG